AUGUGCGUCGCCGAACUUUGCGUCACUGUUCUCCCAUGCCAGCACCGCUGGUACCACCUCGUCCGAUGGGAAGUCAAGGUCGAGUACUGCCCAUACUGCCAAGGCCAUGUCUCCGAGUUCGAGUACCGCCUCAUUGGUGACGGCCCAGCGCCUCCCGUAGGAUCUCUUUCAGGACUUGCGCGCGCCCACUCCACAUCUUUGAACGCAGCUCGUCGCGACAUCCGUCUUGACGAGGUCACCCGAACCGACAGUGCCACCAGCGUUGGCAGCAAGAGCAGUCUUGUCGUAGCAGCAUCAGAGAAGAACCGUGCCAUGAACUCCCGUCUGGACCGCUACUUCUUCCCUGCCAACGGCGAAUCCUCGCCCCACGAGGAGGAGACCAGCGUUGCCACACCGAGCGACUCCUCUAGCGCCGACGUCAGCAGCGUGCGACACGCAUCGCUGUCCGAGCCGUUCAAGGUCAACAUGAUAUCGCGCGUGCGCCGACGCACCAAGCGCUUCUCCGGCAUCUUCUCGCGCUGA